AUGGAGUUGAUCCACCAUGCUGGAUUAAUGAAGACUGUGGCCAAUUUCUCUAAGUGCUAUGAGAUCCUGGUGAAGGAAUUCAUAGUCAACCUCUCUGAAGAUUGCGUAGAUGGAAAAUCAAAGGAGUUCAGGAAGGUGAUAACGGCCAAGCAAGUAAAGAACUGGCCUUUGAAGGAAAAACUAUCAGUUGCGAAGCUCAGUGUGAAGUAUGCAAUGUUGCAUAAAAUUGGAGCUGCUAACUGGGUGCCAACAAAUCAUAAGUUAACAAUCUCAACUAUUCUUGGAAGAUUCAUUUAUGCUGUGGGAACCAAGUCCAGGUUUGACUAUGGCUCUUAUAUUUUUGAACAGACUAUUAAACAUCCUGGAAGUUACAGUGUAAAGGGCCCGAAUGCUUUUCCAUCUCUUCUGAGUGGGAUAAUCCUGAAUCAGUAUCCUAGCAUCCUGCAUGACAAUGACAGUGUGUGCAAGCGUGAAAAUGCUCUCUCUUUUCAUUACAAGCUGUUCCAAGGAACCCAUGUCUCUAAUGUUGGGAUGACAUCUGCUGGGACAUCCAAGGAAAAAUAUCCAACAAGGAAAGCUGCAGUAAUCGCCACUCUCAAGGAAACAUGCCAAGAGCUGGAGUCCAGAAAAUUGAAUUUAGAAAAGCUUAUUCACAAGCUUGAGAUGGAAGAAGAUACUGAGCAUGUUGAGGAAGAUGAAUCAGAUGCAAACAGAGAAGUUGAGAAAGAAGCCAGUCCCGAUGAUGGCACUGAGGAAGAUAUUGCAGAUGUUGAAAUCAGUGGCUCUGAGUCUGAAGACUGA